AUGAAACUCAACGUGGUCCAUUUGUGUAGCUCCGUGAAUGCCAAAACCAUUGACUUAGCUCUCUUGAAAGCCACGGCUCAUACCUCACACAAACCACCGUCAGACAAAUACGUCACUUUCCUCCAAUCAACGGUUGACACGUGUUAUGGUCCUGAUACCGUCGUCACGAUCGUGCAGAGGCUGCGUUUGACGACCGACGUGUGUGUCGCUGCUAAAUGUCUCAUCCUUCUCCAUAAGAUGAUUAAAUCAGAAUAUGAGUAUAAAGGAGAAGAUAGUUUUCGUGACGAUAAUGGUCAUCGUAAUUUGAUUUAUGAUCAAGGAGGGAGUAAUCUUAAAUUGAAUGAUCUUAAUGUAAAUUCUCGUUUUACUAGAGAGUUGUCUCCAUGGGUUCAAUGUGGUCGUCCAGAAAUCCCGAAAUCGAAACUGAACAAAAUUGUUGUUGAGAUGAAAGAACUAAUGAUACAAGAUUGCUUCUCGGUCAUGAGAUUGAUCAAGAUAAGGUUCGAAGAAAUUAAUGCAAGAAUGGCUAAAUCGAACGAGUUGAUUCCGGUUUUGGCGAGGCUUGAAAAGUGUAAGGAGGGCUUUAGCGAGUUUUCUUGGCGAAGCAAAUAUUUGGUCGAAGGUUUUUGGUCUUUGGUAUCGAAAUUAACUAAUGGGCAACGUCAGAUGUUAAAAUAA